GGACAAAUGAAAAUUUACGCGGAGUUCAGAGUCAGCGCUCAUGGCACCGGCCACAAUUCUGUGAUUAGAGGUCACCGUUCAAGUCGGUUCCCCUGAAGAUACUCCCUACCUUAAGACGGCGAAUGUGAAAAUCUCUUGAAAACCUGAUGUUGAUGGUUUUCCAGGACUGGCUGUUAAGUUAACGUUACCUUUACCGGCUUGUGAAAAGAAAGCAUGCUUAACAUGUUUCAGCGGAAGAAUCGAAAUAUUAAAUACAUAUUAAAUCUAGUACCCGGGAAGAGUCGCUUUGGGACGUACCGAUUUCUGCCGUUCUUCUUCUGUCUCGGAGGGGUGAUGGAAUGGAUCAUGAUUAACGUCAGAAUAGGAAAAGAAACAUUCUAUGAUGUGUACCGGAGAAAGAAAUCUGAGCGCGAGUACCAGCAGAAAAUUGAUGAUGGACUCCUCAUCCCCGGGGAGACGGCAGCCAAGUGAAAAUUCAUCGGAUAUCUUGGGACAGUAAACCUGGAAUAACGUGUGUUAUGGUCUCUCACUUGGAAUUAAUUGUUCCUUACCAAUAUGUUCGUUGUGGUCAUUGCGUAGAAUUAAUGCUGCUGCUCAGCUGACCAUUAUAACACAGGAUGACGGUGGAAGCCGAAACCUACGUGCCUUCCUGACAGCAUAUAUAUUUUCGCCUAGGUUCCACUGCCCUAAAGGCAUAGGUCUGAGAAUGUGCCCUACAGAGAAAUGUGGCAUCUGAUCAAGGCUGUUGGGCUACGUGGCAUUAUUAUGGCAUGUGGACCUAGAGGGCAUUUCUGGUGAAAUGUUUGACCCUAAAAACAGGAAGAUGUCAAAUGUAAUGUUUGAAACUUUACCUCUGAAAAUUCAGAUUUGUUCCUGGUACUCUCAUGUAUUGACAUUCUGAAAAGGAAACAAGAACCAUUUUAAGGUUAGUCCCAUAAUAGCCACUUUUUUCCCAGAAUGUUUCUUGGUAAUCUUAAAUCAAUCUGGCAAAUAAAUACCUGUGAACUCUU